AUGGCCAAUAUGGAUCUACCAAAAGCGAUCUUGUGUAAAAGCUUUCUGGGAUUGCUCCUUUUGGUAACAUAUGUAUUCGUGUCCUGUACCUCAAAACCGCAUAACCCAUCGAUGACAUUGAACCGUAUUAAUCUCACAGACAAGUCGGGAUGGCUUCACCACGAACGAGUUCGUCGAUAUUCGUCGUUUACUGGUACGUGUGACGAUUCUCGAUGUACAGGCAAUGACACGGAAUAUAAAACUUACUUCGACUGUUACUGCGACGAAGCUUGCUAUAAAAUUUUCUCUGAUUGCUGUCCUGAUUAUGAAAAGCAAUGUGGUCGACAGAAAUUCCUUGAAACUAAAACAACCAUGUGGAAAUGCGUUAGCAAUUACUGGAGUAAAUCCCGCAUUAAGGAAGUGAAUGGAGUUUGGAUGAUUACCAAAUGUGCAGCAGACUGGCCUUUUGGCGAGCUGAGAACAAGAUGUGAAAAUGCCCCAUCGGAAUUCUCGUACCUCGUAGAGGACAUUAUUCCGGUGGAAGGAGCGAAUUCCCUGACGUAUCGGAAUCAGUAUUGUGCUUUGUGUAAUCGCGUGAAACAUUACACACCGUGGGACGUUCAUGUUUCAACAAACGUCACACCUCCCGAGGACUUCGAUCUGAAUGCUAGGCUAAGAUUUAUUAAGGAGAACGGGGGUAGCAUUUUGCCUGUUCCCAGCAGAAGUCAACCUCGAAGAUAUUGUUAUGGAAGGGAAAAUUAUGCAGACAACUGUAGUUUAACAAACACUUCAUACUACGAGGCCUGUGUUCAAGGUUCUAUUGAAGUCGUUGGGCGUGGCCAUUACUUUAAGAACAGGGCAUGUGCGAUAUGUAACGGCUAUCAUGGGAUAGACUCUUUUGAUGGAGCACUUAAUCCUGCACACACGGAUUACCCUGAAGCAUUUUACAUGGUGUUCAGCUUGAGCCGAAAAGCAACUAGAAUAAAAAAAAUUACUAAAGUCCUGAACGAAUGUCCCCGUGGUACGGUUUACGAUCCCUACCUAAUGUUCUGUCGCAUUAUAUCGUAUAUUUUUCGUCGUGGUGAGAAAAAAAACGAGUUCUUGAUACUAUUAUGGUUUACAAAGUCUGGAGAAAAGACGGUGAAUAGUUCAAAGCUAGAAAAUGAGUUAGUAUCAGCGUUAAUUUCUCGGCUUUCACUACAAGACGAUCAAAUUUCACAAAUCACAUUCCACAAGCAAAGCCGUAAUUUACGGCGUAAUGUUCCACUCGUGGCAACAUUUCGUUUAACAUUGACGCCAUGUCAGAGCUUACUAGUACACAAUAACCAACACAGGUCUAUCUUAAAUUAUAAAAACCACAACACUGCCUUCUUAAAACUUUUAAACUUUAAAAGAAGCUUUACCCUGUCUUGGAAAGAAAUCUGUUUCUUUGUGAUCAAAGUGACUUCGAAACGGUUAUCGAACUACGUCUACGACAAAAAGAAGCUUCAGUGUGAAUACGAAAUCAAGAACAAAAAUGAAAGCGUGGGUGUAAAUGAUACAAGAAAAACAUUUUCACCUGAAAAUUGUAUUUCAGUUGAAGAACACGACGAAAAUGAAAGUGUAAAUGCUACACAAAAAGCAUUUACACCAUUUACACCUUCAGUUAAAAAAUAUACUACAUUGUAUCCUAAACUGGGCUUUCCAAAUUGUCGCGAUGGUGCAUUCGUGCCUUUAAGACCAGCAGAAUACGUGAUUUUCCCUAAUUUGACAGUUUAUCACAAUGCAACUGGGAGUGUUUUUAAUUUUGGCGAGUAUCUAAUGAGCGAAAACAAAGGGACUAGGAACACUUCUAAUAUAACUCAGAAUUCUCUUUUAUCAAGUGAUUCAAUGAUCAUCGUUUGUUUACCGUUUAAAAAUACCUUUAACAAAACUGAAAUAAAAUACAGUACGAACACGACAAGUUACGCGCUACGGACCCUGACAUUAAUUGGUUUCACCGUUUCAAGUAUUUGCUUAAUAUUACUUUUGAUAACUUAUGGAUUGUUCCAACAAUUAAGAACAGUUCCUGGAAUGAAUUUAAUGAAUUUAAGCUUGUCGAUGUUGCUGUCACAUCUCAUAUGGUUGAUAGGGACCAGUCAUUUCACGGGAACAAAAACAUGCACAGUUUUGGCGAUCUUGGAACACUAUAUUUUUCAUGUAUCGUUCUUAGCAAUGUCCGUCAUCUCCUACCAUUCUUGCUAUGUUUUCUCGCAGCCUUUCGCUGGAAGAGUUGCCAACAAAUCUUGGCGGAGGUUUAUCAAGUAUUCAGCAUUCGUGUGGCUAGCGCCUGCCAUAUUUGUCGCAAUUUGUGUCACUUUGGACAAAACUGAAACAUUUCUAGUGGACUAUGGAACAAAUUGUUGGUUGGGAAAUGUAAACGCUAAGUUGUAUUUAUUCUUACUUCCCCUGGCUGUAUUACUGCUUUUUAAUAUCGUCACUUUCAUCCGUACAGCACUCAGUUUAUAUCGUCAUGACAAGGAAAGACCUCAGACCUUCCAACGCCAGGAAAGAAAACAAAACCUUCUCAUCUGCGCAAAACUUGCAACCCUGGUCGGAUUUCCAUGGCUGAUUGCGUUCAUUGGCGUGCUGUUUCCCAACGUAGAAGCAUUCCAAUACUUGUUUGUUAUUUUUGUUUGUUUACAAGGAUUGUACAUUGGAAUGGCGUUUCUGUUCAACAGGAAAACUCUGAAGCUUUACAAAGAUCGGUGGAACAUUGGCUCCAGAGGUAAUGCACCUUCUUAUACUCCUGCGCAAACUUUUGAAAUGACAUAA